UCAGACAAAAUCUAGGCCCUGUCACCUCUGAGCAGCAUUUAAGUAAGCUUUCUUGGAACUGUAUGUGUGCAUGUUACAUGGUAUAAGCAUGUGUGUACAUGCGUGCCUGUGUAUGCAUGCACAUACCUGAAGGGAGUGUGUGUGCACACCUGGAAAGUGUGUACUUGUGUAUCGGGUCAAGGAGGGUGGCACAUAUUCACAAAAAUGUAAGAGGGGUGUUCCUGCUCACACUGAUGUUCACGGACCCCAGGCCAUCGCUCAGCUGUCAGUUCUUGGUAAACAUGAAAGUGAGCUCCACGCUGAAUACGACAGGUAAGUACUGCAGCAGAUCCUGAACGUACGCAGUGAGAGUCCUCUCUACUUGUCUGACCUCUCCCUGCCAACAAGGCCCUGGGAGCCUCCACAGAGCCGUCCCUUGGUCCUGGGACAGUGUGGCAGCCCUUGCCUUUGAGACCCUAGCAGGGGUUGCAGAGCCUCCAACAGCUUUGAUCAAUGGAACAGUGGCCGGGGCCAUCACACAGGGCACUUGAGUCCCCGCUGUUCCAAGGUGCUCAGAAGUGGCCUCCCGGCCAGAAAGAACCAUGAGCAACCACAGCAACACGUUGGUGACAGAGUUCAUUCUUCUGGGUUUCCCAGAGCUGUGCCACCUACAAGGGCUGCUCUUUGGGUUGUUCCUGACCAUCUAUGUGGUGACUAUCCUAGAGAACGUGGUCAUUGUGGGCACCAUCAGUGCUAGCCGGCAGCUACACAUGCCCAUGUACUUCUUCCUGGCCAAUCUGUCUGUGCUGGAAACCCUCUACACCACAGUCACAGUGCCCAAGCUGCUGGCUGGCCUACUGGCAGGGGCAAAAGCCAUCUCCUUCUCAGGGUGCCUCACCCAGCUGUUCCUUUUUCUCUCACUGGGCUCCUCUGAAUGCUUCUUACUGACUACCAUGGCCUGUGACCGGUACGUGGCCAUCUGCCGCCCGCUGCACUACCCGGUCAUUAUGGAUUCGAGGCUGUGCCUGCAUCUGGCCAUCAGUGCCUGGCUUGGGGGUUUCUUGGCCUCCUUUGUGUCCACAGCUCUCAUCUCCCGCCUCAGGUUCUGUGGCCCCAAUGCCCUCAACCACUUCUUCUGUGAUGUCUCACCUCUGCUGCAACUGUCCUGCUCAGACACCGCUGCCAUCGAAAUGCUGGACUUUGUGGCAGCCCUGGCCGUCCUCGCAACCUCUCUGACAGUGACUUCCAUCUCCUACGCCCGCAUCCUUGCCACUGUGCUAAGGAUUCCAGGAGGAGCGGGCCGCAGGAAGGCUUUCUCCACAUGUGCCUCCCACUUGGUGGUGGUCUUAAUCUUCUACACCACCACCACCUUCAUGUAUGCCCGGCCUCACGCCAUAAGCUCCUUCGACCUCAACAAGCUGGUAUCAGUGAUCUACUCGAUAGUGACUCCCCUGCUGAACCCUAUAAUCUACUGCCUGAGGAACCGUGACAUCAGGGAGGCACUUACCAAGCUCCUCCAGACCCCCAGGUUCUCCUGAAUGCCAGUUGCUGGGUCCUGCUGUGCUCUUCCUCAAGACAAGUCCGUCCUUUCCCACAGUUCAGAGUACCCAAGGACACAAUGUGACCAUCAUCCAGCAACAAACAAUAAAAAGAGGUAACCAAGACCUACAGACUCAUCUAGAAAACUCAGCCCUGAACCAUGGACAGCUAUUCUUGUUAGCAGCCCAGGCAAGUCCUUUGUUCUGAAAAAUCUGUGCAGAACCCAAAGGAAACUCCCUGACUGCUGUCACUUCCCUGAUCACCUAGGAUCUGGACUUUAUGUCCUUUCCUUGACCAGCCUUGAACAUCCCACUUCUGAGGCCCUGGGAUUGGUCUUCAUCACAUAAGGUCCCAGCUCCUGGUCAGGUGGAAGGGUUCCAGCAAGUCCAGACAGCAUUACUGAAUGUGCCGAUGCUCCCUUUUCUCAGAAACAAGGAUGGCUUAUUACAUCUUUUUGCACAAAGCUCGGUAUGUCUGGUGGGUAAUGGCAUGUGUGUGCCUGCCUUUUCUUUCUUUUGUGGGGCAUGAGGCAGAUACAGUAAUGUAAGCAUUUCCCUUCCUGGUGGCUGUCAUUGUUAGCCAGGCCAAGUUCUUUCUUGGCUUUGUGGUUGUCCUUUUCCUUCAUGACAGCCACCUAGACUGAUGAGCUUCAUGUGUAUCUUUGGGAGAAUUUAACAGAUCCUUCAAGUCUGUGUAAAUAUUCUGUGUUGCAGUUAUGGCUGUGUCUUACUGUUUUACCUUGUACUUCUGAAGUCACAUCAUAUUUAGGAUUGUGUUGUCAGCUUCACAAAUGUAACCCUUCUUGAGGGAGCACCUCUCUGUCUCUGGCACAUCUGUCUGCCUCAACACUUAAAGCUUGAUUUCUGCUUUGAUUUAAUACAUUUGCAUCACCUUCCUUUAGGAAUCCAUGUGAAGCACACUUUCAGUGCUGAUUUUAGUCUACUCUCUGCUCCUGACCAUCCUUCUGCCUGGGAUCCAGGCAGAGACUGUACAGACCAUGCUUCUGCCACGACUGCUCUCUAUUGAGAACUCUGCUAUCAACCAUUUUUAUACUUUAUAGUUAACUUGUUCUAUAAUCAUUGAGCUUUUCUUGUUUGAUUUGCAACUGUGUUCGGUGUGUAUCUCUCUUUGUAUUUGCAUCUUUGGGUCUGUAAUGCUUCCAGAACUCAUGGCUUUCAUUGCCAUCAGUUUUUUUAAACAUAUCAGGCAUAACUUCCUUAAAUGCUGCACUGCUUUAUUCUCCUCUUUGUUUGCUCCAAAACUGCAUGUGUGUCAGAUUUUCUUAAUAUAGCCCCUCUGUCUUCACAUUCUGAGCUAUAUACUCCCUUUUCUGGACAUUUUUCUUCCAGUCUUCCGGGUUCCCAAGUCUCUCUCCAACUAUGUCUAAUAUUCUGAGUGUUUGGUUUCAUUUUGUUUGUUCUAGAAUUUUCAUUUUAUUCUUUGUGUGGGAAAAAAACUCAUUUUCACAGUCAUCCAUCAUCACAAAGCACAUUGGGACCAAAUGUGUUGGGUAGUGUCCCCAUUUACCAAUCAAGCAUUUCUGCAGCUAAUACAAGGUAGGGUCUUCUGAUUCAGUUUAACUCUGACACUGAUUGCUUGGAGGUAGCUCAGUUCCCACAGAUCUUAGCUGCAUGCCCAGACAGUCGGGCCUAAUUCAGAAGCCAGCUCCUAGCCUAAGGAGUUCACCUUUAUUUCUCACAAAGCAGCUAUCAAUGGAGUUUUGCAUAAUCCCUUACGUGGGAUCUUCUAAUUUGCGAGAAGAGCUCACUAAACUCUGGGGAACAUUUGCUUACAUGUGCCAGCUUAUUAAGAGAACCAUACCAGGACUGAUGAGGGUGCUUAGUAAAGCGCUUGCCUUGCGGACAUAAACACAUAAAUUUAAUCCCCAAAACUCACAUUGAAAAGACAGGGCCAGGCAUGGUACUAUGUGCUUGUAGUCUUGCUGCUGGGAAAGCAGAGACAGGCACGUGCCUGGGCCUCACUAGUCAAACAGCUCAGCCUGUUUGGCAAGCUCCAGGAAAAUGAGAGACCCUGUCCCAAAAACACAAGAUGACUGCCCCUGAAGAACAAAAGCCUGAGGUUUUGUCUGGCCUCCACAUGCAGCCACACACAUGUGCACUUGCACACUCAUGAACACACACAGAGACGGCACACAAGGGGGCUUCUAAAAGAAUCACAAGGGGCUGGAGAGAUGGCUCAGAGGUUAAGAGCAUUGUCUGCUCUUCCAAAGGUUCUGAGUUCAAUUCCCAGCAACCACAUGGUGGCUCACAACCAUCUGUAAUGGGGUCUGGUGCCCUCUUCUGACCUGCAGGCAUACACACAGACAGAAUAUUGUAUACAUAAUAAAUAAAUAAAUGUUAAAAAAAAUUUAAAAAAAGAUUCACAAGGGAUACAGAUGAAGAGACACAGUGGGCAAGGAGUCCAUGAGUGUGGUUCUCCUGAACUGUCUGUCUGUCCCUGAGUGGUGCCCUGGGUCUCCUGAACUGGUAUGUCUGUCCAUGAGGGCCCUGAGUCUCCUGCACUGUUCUGUCUGUCCAUGAGUGCCCUAGGUCUCCUGAACUGUCUGUCUG